CCUCCUGCUGGUCUAGAAAACACACAUGUGAUUGUGUUGUCACUCCACCUUCUCCAUCAGAUUCAUCGACAACAUGGGACCCAGCAACAAAACAGCAGUUUCCGAAUUCCUUCUUAUGCAAGUGACAGAGGAUCCAGAACUGAAGCCCUUUCUCUUUAUUCUGUUUCUGUCCAUAUACCUGGUCACCAUCCUAGGAAACCUGCUCAUCGUCCUGGCCGUCACCUUGGACUCCCACCUCCACACCCCCAUGUACUUCUUCCUCUCCAACCUGUCCUUUACUGACAUCUGUUUAAGCACAACCACGAUCCCAAAGAUGCUGGUGAACAUCCAGGCCCAGAGUCAGAGCAUCACUUAUGCAGGCUGCCUCACCCAGAUCUACUUUGUUCUAGUUUUUGCUAGUUUGGAAAGUUUUCUUCUUGCGGCAAUGGCCUAUGACCGCUAUGUGGCCAUUUGUCACCCACUGAGGUACACAGUCACCAUGAACUCCCGCUUCUGUGGCCUGCUGAUUCUAGUCUCCUUGUGCAUUAGCACUGUGGAUGCCCUGAUGCACAGUCUGAUGGUGUUGCAGCUGACCUUCUGCAGAGACGUCGAAAUCCCUCUCUUCUUCUGUGAAGUUGUUCAGGUCAUCAAGCUCGCCUGUUCUGACACCCUCGUCAAUAACAUCCUGAUAUAUUUUGCAACUAGCCUAUUCGGUGGUAUUCCUGUGUGUGGAAUCAUUUUCUCUUACACUCAGAUAGUGUCCUCUGUUUUGAGGAUGCCAUCCGUGGGCAGAAAGUAUAAAGCGUUUUCUACGUGUGGGUCUCACCUGUCAGUUGUGUCUUUGUUCUAUGGGACAGGUUUGGGGGUGUACAUUAGUUCUGCUUUUACUAACUCUUCCAGAAACACUGCGGUGCUUUCAAUGAUGUACACUGUUGUCCCUCAAAUGAUGAACCCUUUCAUCUACAGCCUGAGGAACAGGGAUAUGAAGGGAGCCUUGAGGAAACUCAUGGGUAAGAUACCAUUGUUUUUUCAGGAGUGUGUUGUUUAA